AGAACAAGAACCAAUAAUCAACUUCCUAGCAUUUUAGCAACCACAUAGAAUGUGCUUAAAGACAAUUGGCAUAAAUCCUACUAGUAUAUUCUCUUUUUUUUUUUUUUUUCUUAAUUUUUUUUUAAAUUUCCACUACAAUUUCUGAGGACUAUUCUUUUCAACAACAUUUUUCUUUUAAAUUAUUUACUUAAGAUUUUCUUUCUCCCUCCUCAAAUCACAUCAUACCAGAUUCUCAGGCUCAACUAAUCUGCCUUCCCACAAUUCGCAAUUAAUUUGUUGAUUGCCAUCUUACCAAUUUACUAUGACUGCUGAUAAUUCUUCCUCUGACUGCAGCAAAUCUGCUCUGCUCAAACUUGCUCCUGUGGAAGCUGUCUUAUUUGAUGUGGACGGAACCUUGUGUGAUUCAGAUCCUCUCCAUCACCAUGCUUUCCGUGAAAUGCUUCAGGAGAUCGGUUUCAAUGGUGGUGUUCCAAUAGACGAGGAAUUCUUUAUUAAGAACAUAGCUGGAAAGCAUAAUGAUGACAUUGCCAGGGCUCUCUUCCCUGAUGACUAUGAGCGAGGCUUGAAAUUUACAGAUGAUAAGGAAGCCUAUUUUAGAAGGCUGGUGGUUGAACAGUUGAAGCCUAUAGAUGGCCUAAGCAAGCUAGUGAAAUGGAUUACAGAUCAUGGCUUGAAAAGGGCAGCCGUUACUAACGCCCCUAGAGCUAAUGCUGAGCUCAUGAUCUCAAUGCUCGGCCUCACUGAAUUCUUCCAGGCUGUUAUAGUUGGAAGCGAGUGUGAACAUGCAAAACCACACCCAGCACCUUAUUUGAAGGGUUUGGAAGCAAUUGGUGCAUCAAAAGAGCAUACUUUUAUCUUUGAGGAUUCUCCUUCUGGAAUCAGAGCUGGUGUAGCUGCUGGAAUGCCUGUGAUCGGCUUGAGUACUAGAAAUCCCGAAAACCUUUUGAUGAAAGAAAAUCCAGCUUUCCUCAUUAAAGACUACGAAGAUUCAAAGUUGUGGUCUGCUUUAGAGGAGCUGGAAAAAGAAAACGGUGUUAGAACUAAAGCAGAGGCUGCUUGAGAUUCUUUGAAGUAGAAGGUGCAGAUUAGCUGUAGUGAGGCUGCGGAAAAAUCAUAUUGGUAUAAUAAUGAAAACUAAUUUUGGUGUUUGAUUUGAUAAGCAUGCAAUGCUGCAUCUCUUGGUAUUUUGUAGUUAUGCAGCUCAUCUAUUCUUACUGCUGGAGGCAGAUAUAUUUUAUUCAAGUUCCUGUAAUAGGUACAAUCAAUCCACCAGGCUUGGUGCAAAUAGGUAUUAAUUUACCAUUGUCACAGUACAAUCAAUACACAUAAUCUUUAACGUCGCUUCAAA